AUGAGCGUGCGCUUUUCUUCUGCAUCCAGACGCCUUGGCUCCUGUGGGGGAGCUGGCUCUGUGCGGCUCUCCAGUGGGGGAGCCGGCUUUGGGGUCGGCAGCACAGGCAGCGUGCCAGGCUUUGGAAGCGGCUUCACCUGCGCCUUUGGAGGAAGCUCCUCUGCAGGAGGCUACAGCGCGGGGCUGGGCGGAGGAAAUGCUUCCUGCGCCGCCUUCACUGGAAAUGAACAUGGCCUCCUCUCCGGCAAUGAGAAGGUGACCAUGCAGAACCUCAACGACCGCCUGGCCUCCUACCUGGACAACGUGCGCGCCCUAGAGGAGGCCAACGCCGACUUGGAGCAGAAGAUCAAGGGCUGGUAUGAGAAAUUUGGGCCUGGUUCCUGCCGCGGUCUCGAUCACGAUUAUAGCAGAUACUUCACAGUAAUUGACGACCUUAGGAACCAGAUAAUUUCUGCAACAACAAGCAAUGCCAAUGUUGUCCUGCAAAAUGACAAUGCAAGGCUCACAGCUGAUGACUUCAGACUAAAGUUUGAAAAUGAACAGGCCCUCCACCAGAGCGUGGACGCGGAUGUCAGCAGUUUGCGCCGGGUCCUGGACGAACUGACUCUGUGCAGAACGGACUUAGAGAUUCAGCUGGAGACACUCAGCGAGGAGUUGGCAUACCUCAAGAAGAACCAUGAGGAGGAGAUGAAGGCUCUGCAGUGCGCGGCCGGAGGCAAUGUGAACGUGGAGAUGAAUGCGGCACCCGGCGUGGACCUCACGGUUCUGCUGAACAACAUGCGGGCCGAGUACGAAGCCCUGGCCGAGCAGAACCGCAGGGAUGCAGAGGCCUGGUUCAACGAAAAGAGCGCUUCGCUGCAGCAGCAGAUUUCUGAUGAUGCUGGCGCCACCACCUCAGCUCGGAAUGAACUGACAGAGAUGAAACGUACUCUUCAAACCCUGGAGAUUGAACUUCAGUCUCUCUUAGCGACAAAACACUCACUGGAGUGCUCCUUGACGGAGACGGAGGGCAACUACUGUGCCCAGCUGGCCCAGAUCCAGGCUCAGAUCGGAGCCCUAGAGGAGCAGCUGCAUCAGGUCAGGACUGAAACCGAGGGCCAGAAACUGGAAUACGAACAGCUCCUGGACAUCAAGGUCCACCUGGAGAAAGAAAUCGAGACCUACUGCCGCCUGAUAGAUGGAGAGGAUGGCUCUUGCGCUAAAUCAAAAGGCUAUGGUGGGCCAGGAAAUCAGAUAAAAGAUCCAUCUAAAGCCACCGUGGUUAAAACAAUUGUUGAAGAAAUAGAUCCUCGUGGCAAAGUUCUGUCAUCUAGAGUUCACACUGUGGAAGAGAAAUCCACCAAAGUCAACAACAUGAAGAGUGAGCAGAGGGUGCCUUCCUGA